AUGAGCGAUUCUCAACAAGUCGAGCUUUGUAGCAUUGUUGGUGAGGAGAUCAAAAUCGACGAGCACGUAAAUAGAGAAGUUGAGACGAGUAACAUAUCAAGUGUCGAUGGUAAUAAUAGCAAUAGUGUUACUGAUCGACUUUUCUUUCCACGAGUGCCUUGGACUGAGUGUCAACUUGGACAGGUCCUUGAUGAGGUAUUGAGACAAGGCCAAAUCACGUGCCCCGUGGCACUAACCACAAUGCUUUACUUCUCCAAGACCAUAAUCUCCAUGCUUUUCCUGGGCCACAUGGACAAACCCGAACUCGCCGGCGGUUCCCUCGCCGUCGGUUUCGCCAACAUCACCGGAUUUUCCGUCAUGAAGGGUCUCUGCUCCGGCAUGGACCCAAUCUGCUGCCAGGCCUUCGGGGCCCGCCGUUGGCCCGUUCUCACCCAAACCUACCUCAAAACCGUCAUUCUCCUCCUCUUCGCCACCGUCCCUGUUUCCCUACUCUGGCUCAACGUCGACCCUGUUUUCCACCGACUCGGCCAAGAUCCGGCAAUCACCAAAAUCGCCCAAAAUUACCUUGUUUUCUCCUUGCCGGAGCUUCUCUCGCAUUCGAAUUUGAUCCCUUUACGAACUUUCCUCAGAACCCAAGGACUCAACAAGCCCAACACCAUUGUUGCCGCCUGCGUUUCCUCUCUGCAUCUUCCGAUCACGUAUUUUCUCGUCAACUACAUGAAUUUGCGGGUUAAUGGGAUUGCUCUGGCUUCGGUUGUUUACUCGGUCAACAUGAAUAUCGGGCUUUUCGUGUAUUUGUUCUUCUCCAAGUCUGCUAUAAAGCCGUGGGGGGGAGGCGGCGGUGGCGGGUCGAUUUUCCGGGGGUGGGGCCCGCUGCUCGGACUUGCACUCCCGAGCGUGGUUCAGUCCUGCCUCGAGUGGUGGUGGUACGAGAUUGUUCUGUUUCUGAGCGGUUUGCUGGACGACCCGGAUUCCUGCGUGGCGGCGAUGGGGAUACUGAUACAGACGACGGGGACGGUUUAUGUGUUCCCUUUUGCGGUGGGGUUGAGUGUUUCGCAGCGGGUCGGACUUCCACAAGUUAAAAAAGAAAAACUCCCACAAGUGGAGAAGUUUCCAAUCAGGAGAACCAAAAAGAAGAUAAAAGACUGA